GGCUCGGCUUGCCACAGUGAAAAGCGGGGUACGAUCGGAUUGUACCCCGGGUGCAUUUACCCCAGGUUCCUCCUCCGUUCCGCCGCCCCGCCCCUAGAGAACCCACAACCCAUGUGCCGUUUUUCCACCGUCCCGGAUUUCGGACCAAGACUUCUUCGACUUUCAGACAUACAUGAGUCGGCCCUUGAAAUAAAGCUAUAGCCAACCUGAGUUUUACGCCUUUACCCCGAAACCAACCUCAUUGCUCUCCAUGGCCGGCCCUACCCCUGAGCGGCGGUUCAAGAACCCGGCAGUCUUCGUCUGUGACAUUCAAGAGAAAUUCCGUCCUACCAUCCAUGAGUUCGACAAAGUAAUCCUGACGGCCCGCAAACUCCUCCUCGCCGCGCAGUCCUUGUCCCUCCCAGUCUUCGUCACCACGCAAAACCGCGCCCGCCUCGGCGACACCGUCGCCGAACUCCAACCGCUCAUCGCGGCAGCCGGCCCCCUCGUCCACGCGGACGUCGACAAGACCCGCUUCAGCAUGUGGCUCCCGCCCCUCUCUUCCAACGCCCAUUUCUCCUCCCCCAGCGAAGUCGCCAUCGUAGGCAUCGAAUCCCACAUCUGCGUAACGCAAACAGCCCUCGACCUGCUCGCGGCCGGCCACCGAGUCUACGUGCUCGCCGACGGGGUGAGCAGCUCCAACCGGCAAGAAGUACCCGUCGCGCUCGAGCGGCUGCGACAGGCGGGCGCCGUCGUCACGACCAGCGAGAGCUGGAUCUACGAGUGCAUGGGCGAUGCGGGGAUUCCCGAGUUUCGGGACAUGGUGCGGGUGGUCAAGGUGACGAUGGGCGACACGCGGGCUGCGUUGCAGGGGUUGCUGGGGAGUAAGAUUUGAGUGCAGACAUCAAUUCUAAAUUCGGGGAUUGCAGAGGCGGAGAUAUGUGAGUUGGUGGAAAUGAAGGGAUGAACCAGGCGUUUGGUGGUAGGUAGAAUAGAGCAAGGGAAUGGGUCUUGCUUCUUGAGCAAUUGGUCACUUUGAU